AUGAUGGCCGCUUACCAACCUGCGCCUAGUGGCCACCCUGGUCUUCCACACGGGCACCCAGGCAUGGCUCAGAAUCCAGGACAGCACAUGGGACAAGCGAUGAUGCACCCAGGUGUCUCGGGAGCACCACAUGUGUCCCAGCCGGGCGCCAUGAUGGGCAUGCAGCCUGGCGCAGGUAUGGGACCUGGAGGCAUGGCAGGACAGCAUCCAGGCUCCGGUAUGGGUAUGCAAGGACAGAUGGGAGGGCAGACUAUGGCUGGUGGAAUGCCGAAUGCACAGGCUAUGAGACACAACAUGACACCGCAGCAGAUGCACCAGCAGCAGCAGCAGCAACAGCAACAGCAGGCCCACCUCGCACAAAUGCAACAAAACCCUGCGCUAGCAAUGCAGCACCAGCAGAUGCGUCUGCGCCAUCAGAUGAUGGCGCAGCAGCAGCAGCAGGCGUCGAUGCAGGGCAUGCCUCAAGGCGUGCAACUGACACAGGCACAAAUGCAACACUUGCAGCAACAACAACAACAAAACCAAAUGCAGGGCGGCGGACAGGUCCAGUUGCCGGCACAUUUGGUGCAGCAGCAGAUGCAGCUGCAACGGCAGCAGCAGAUGGCGCAACAACAGCACGCGCAACAACAGCAACAGCAGCAAAACCAUAUGGCACAACAGCUUGCUAUGCAGCAUGCCAGCUCCCAGCAAAGUAACCAGGGUCAAUCCGGACCGCAGAAUCCUCAAAAUGCUCAAGGACAGCCAGCUAAUCCACAACAAAUUCGGCCACCGUCGCGGAUAGCAAACCCCAACGAACACAACCAGCAGUCUAACCAACCUCAGCCUCAUCCGCAGCAGGGCCAAGGUCAAGGCCAACCUGGCCAACCUCAACCGCAACAGACGCCUCAGCAAGCGCAGCAGCCGAAUCAGCAGCAGCAGCAGCAACAACAGCAGCAGCAGCAGCAACAACAGCAGCAGCAACAGCAACAGGCAUUGGCUAUGCAACAACAACAACAACAACACCAACGCUUCGCCAUGAUACAACGUCAACAACAAUUGAACGCCCAGAAUCAAAUGCGCCAGAUGCRAGCCCAUGGACAAACACAGCAAGCACAGACCGGACAUGGCGGCAUGUGGAUCUUGAGGCUGAUGAGUUUUGGUGAUCAUUUGAGCAACUUCAACGCUAGCAAUGGCAAAGACAUGUCUGGAUGGCAGAAUUUUGUCGAGCGCCACUUUGCAGCCGAGGGUCGGCUUGUUCACAGCUUCGACGAUAACAUCAACCCGAACGGCAGCGGCAGAGGCAAGCUUUUCGAGGUUCUACGGCCCACUCUGCCCCGAUACUUUUGGACGUACUUCGAUUCAGGAGCGACGUCACUUCGAUUACAUACCGAGAAUGCGCGAGAGGCCCUACAGGGCAACGGUAUGCAUCUCGUGACGUGCCAGAGUGCCAUUUUCUCGGUAUCCUAUCCCAACGGUGCACGUCUGGAGAUGCUGGGCUCCUUGCAUGUGCUCUUCUCGGCUGACAAUGACACCAUUGAAUGCUUCCGAUUUCAAACUUCCGGCACUGAGGAAAUACUCUCACGGGUCCAGAUUGAAAAGGUCUUGACCGAGUUUUCGCCCACAAUGCCCAACAAGAUGUCGCCCAAGAUGACGAAGAAGGCUCUACCAAAGGCUCAGCAGAAGAUGCAGGACCAGCAAGACCGCUUGACAAUCGAUCACUUCCCGAAAACGCCCAAAGGCAACCUUGGAAUCACAGGAAAAGUGCAGCAAUUUCUAGAGAUUGGUGAGACUAUGAAUGUCAUGUCAGACCUCAUGCAGUUCGCGCAAGAGAAGAAGAUGGGACCCGAACAAGCGCUGGAAGCUCUCGUAGCGCAGUAUGAGUCUCAGCCGAACGGCGGGAACCCGCAGAUAAAUUAUCCACAGGCCGGCUCGGCCCCUGAUUCCCGAACACCAAGCAUGCAAGGCAUGCAGAUGACCCAGAACGGCCAGGCCUUUUCUUCGCCAUCAGUCGCCAACCUCAAUCUCCCCAUGCAGAACGGCAUGAACGGAUCACCACAUCUUGGUAACAAUCCCGGCAAUCUGGCGCCGAAUAUGAGCAUGGCCAACUCUCACACACCAUCACCACAUCAGUCCAACAUGGCCGCGCCAGGUAUGAUGCCCCAGCACAGCCAACAGGGGACCAAUAGCAGCGUUGCGAGCGCCAAUACAAGUCCCAAUGUCAAUAACAACAACAACAAACGCCGCCGGAGUACGGUCAAGCUCGAGGGUGACGAUGGCGGCGGCGCAGACGGUCAAUCCAAUGCCAACCGUGUCCGUCCCAGUCCGCGAAUGUCUAAAAAGGUGAAGCCUCAGGGUUGA